AUGAAAAUAUGUAAAGUAAUUUUAGUUUCGAGGGUGUGUGUUAAACGAAUAGGAUACUACAAGUACCACAAUGCACCGCUCACUUUUUCCUGCCAUCAAGAAACAUGGCUGCCCACUGUUCCCCGACGGUAUUUUUAUUUACGUUUCGGUUUUUUGCCGUUUUGAGACAGUCCGACGAAGAAAGAGCUGGUUCCUGGGGCUACUUCGAGUAAAAAAUAAAUCCAAACAUUGGUUGGUUGGCGCCAUUUUCUCCAUUCACUGUGUCAAUAUCGUUAUUGUUAACAACAGCCUGAUUUCUCUCUCUCAUUUUCGCUGAGCUGUCAAGCUGCUUAUUGGUGUCGGGCUGUCUUUGGUUUCCUUUUGUUAGCGUGCCGAGCUAGCUAAACAACAUUGGUGCGAGUCAAUCGCAUACGUUUUAGGUAAUUGUCGCUAUGUUCAGCCCUGUGAAGUCAUCUUAUUUCAGAGUCAGCCCUGCCAUUGUCAAUAGAGAACUUGGGAAGACCAAGAUGAGAUAGCAAGAGGGCACAUCGGUCUUGCUAACCCCCGCUUAUUUACCACGAGAGAGAGUCCCAGCCAAACUGAGAUAGCACGGAGUAAAUAACUCUUACGACAUGUUUGGGAAUCUUUUCGAGGAAGAGGAGGAGGAAGACUUCUCUGCGAAUCCCUCCAGGGGGAGAGUUACAAAGGUGGGAGAUGAGCCACCUCCACCCAGGGGUCGAAGCAAUCUGUGCGGCAUCAAGAACCAGGGGGGCACCUGUUACCUCAACUCCCUCCUUCAGACCCUGCUGUUCACCCCAGAGUUCAGAGAAGAGCUGUUCAGUUUGGGAUCUGAAGAAUUAGGAUGCCUGGAAGACAAAGAGAAACCAGAGGCCAAAGUCAGAGUGAUCCCACUGGAGCUGCAGAGACUUUUUGCCAGUCUGCUGCUGGUGGACCAGCAAAGUGCCUCCACAGCCAACCUUACUGACAGCUUUGGCUGGAACAGCAGCGAGGGAACAAACCAGCAUGAUGUGCAGGAGUUGAACAGGAUUCUGUUCAGUGCAUUGGAGCACUCUCUUGUGGGCACCUCUGGAAGUACACUUAUCCACCGUCUGUACCAUGGGACGAUCGUCAACAGCAUUGACUGCAAAGAGUGUGGCAACGUCAGCCAGAGACAGGAGGAUUUCUUGGACCUGACGGUGUGUGUUUGUGGCGUGUCCAGCCUGGAGGAGGCUUUAUGGAACAUGUUUGUGGAGGAGGAGCUGUUUGAGGGCAAUAACCUGUACCGCUGUGCAGGUUGCGACAGGCUGGUCACUGCUGCUAAGUCUGCCAAGCUGAAGAAACUCCCUCCGUUCAUGACCAUGUCUCUGCUGAGAUUCAGCUUUGACUUCACCAAAUGUGAGCGGUACAAGGAGACGGGGCGCUACGGUUUCCCUCUGACCAUCAACCUACGGCCAUUUUGUGAACAGGGUGAUGGGGAUGACUCUGAUUUCACCUAUGAGCUGUUCUCUGUUAUUAUCCACAAAGGUGGCUGUUAUGGAGGCCACUACCAUGCUUACAUCAGGGACAUUGACCAGCUUGGCCAAUGGGAGCCGUCGGAGGACGAAUGCAAACCCAAGACUCAGAAGAAAGCCAAGGAGAAGGUGAAGGAAGCGUGUGAGCCAAAACUACAAGAGGAUGACCCUUUAUCUGUCCUCACUGCUAUUAUUGCACAGGAGCCAUCCAAGAGUGUCCUGUUGGACCAGCUGGGACAGAAACUCAUGGAUAAGAUCGGUUCAUCCUGGAGCAAGAAAUUCAGAAAACACUAUGGUCCCAUAGGAAAGUUCCUUCAGUCCCACAAUGAUGUUUUCAUGUUGGUGUCUGGCGGUACUCGAGUGGCACUAAAAGCAAACCCACCAAGUCCUGUGACUGAGCCCUGCAGCCCAGCAGAGCAGAUCGUGAACUCUGACCCUUCACUGGCCUCAGACUCUGAGCAGCCAGGACUAGACGAGAGGCCCGAGCCUGAACUAGAGGGUAGCCACUGGUUUGACCUCAACGACUCCUCGGUCACCUCCAUCAGGGAGUCUGACAUAGAGAAGCAGUUCCAGGGCAAAGAGAGCGCGUACAUGCUGUUCUACAGAAAAACACAGCUGCACAGGCCCUGUGAAGCUCUGAAUAACCCUCAAUACAAAGUUCCUCUUCACCUCAUCCAAAUGGCUCAGGAGGAAAACAGAAAACUGCAGCAGGCACGUGAGGAGUUUGACGCCACCAAUAACACAAUAGAACUCCGUCUCCACUUAGCACACAGUUACAGACUUGAAAAUGGAGCCCUGCAACCAAUCAAACAAGAGCAGAAUGGAAGCACAACUCUGAGUUUCGAUCGAAGAAAAACUGUGGGAGAUCUUCGGUUGACUAUUUAUCAGAUGCAGGAACUCUGGGAAGGGGAUAUGGCUCUGACUGUGGCCAAGAGUCUCCCUGCUGGUCUGCACCUCUACAACACUAUUACAGAUGACAGUGUCUCCUUGUACAGUGCAGGCAUUACUUCAAACUCUGAUCUGUUUGUGUGGAACGGCAGAGAGGUGUGUGGUGCGACUAUCCUAACGGGAGCAGAGUGGGAGCCAGUCCUGCUAACUGUAGUCCGUCCCUUUUUGGGGGAAGACGGGGAUCUACAGGUAGAGGACGGGGUCGAGUGUGAGGAGCCAACAGGAGGCUUUGAAAACGGAGGGCCAGGACUGAAAAGGGAGGCGAGAGGGUUUGCAGGUGCUGUGACUCUCGGGGAGGUGAAAGAGGCUCUUGGGGAGCCAAAGGAGAGUGUUCUGUGUCAGGAGCAUAAGGGAACCAAGAAAGGAGAACAGGGGUCAGGAGAGGGAGGAGGGGCAAGUGGUUGGAGGGUGUUCCCCCCUGAUGACAUGCAACGAACACUGAAGGAGCUAUCGCUGAAGGAUGGAGACGCGCUGUUGGUGCUGGAGCCACAGUCCUUUGACUGCAGCAUGUUCACUCUGAACGGAGACGUCGUCACUGUGACUACACCGUCUGACUGCCGCUGGCUCCAGGUAGAGUUUCGACCACUUGAAGGAGAUGGAGAUGGAGAUGGAGAGAAAGAGGAGGAGAGGCGGAAGAUCAAGGUUCCUGCUACAGGAAACAUGCUGCUAUCAGAGGUGAAACAGAGGGCCAUAGAAGAGCUUCAGCUACAGCCAGGUGCAGAGUACUGUCUGAGACAGGUGGACUGCACAGGGAAACUCCUCUCUCCAGUGUGUGAGGAAGUGAGUGUUCGGGAUGCAGGGGUGCGACUCAUGACCACGCUGACUCUGUGUCCGGGAAAAGCCCCCAAGGCAUCACAGCUUUUCUUGCACUUCUCUGUGGGUGCAGCGCCCUCUGCUGGCAUGGAGAUGGACAUAAUUGUAGAGAAUACCUGUACUGUCAAAGAGUGUCUGAAGGCAAUGCUGGAUGCUGUUGGACUUGAUGGUACUUUUUGGCACUUGAGGAGGCUGGAUUGGUGUGAGGAGGUUGGCGAGCCACUUAUGGAUGAGGAGGCUUCUCUGUCAGAAGUGAAGCUCAGCAAUGGAGACACAUUAGUCGUCACAGAAGGACAGCUGCCUCCGAAGGGCUUUCUCAAGCUGAAUGUGUGGCUGUACCUGGAUCCCAGAAACAACUCGGCAGAUUCUAAACUCACCAACAAUGGCCACGCUGAGGAAGAAAUGCUGGAAGUUGCAACUCCAGGUGAUUCACACUCAUCUCUUCUGAAGAGUGUUGGAGAGGUUGAGAUAUCAGAUGAGGCCACUCUUGAGGAUCUGAAGACUCAGGUGUUGACUCUGUCUGCACUUCAGGAUGUGUGUAUACCAACCACUGGGUUCAUGCGUGUGUGGCAGCUUGAUGGACAGAGGCUGGCACGUAUCCUCAGAGGGCAACAACAAACACUCAGGAAAUUGAAGCUAUCCAGUGGCGCAGACCUUUGUAUACAACAGCUUCUAAAGGAAGAAGAUCUUGGCUCUAAAGAAGUCUUGUUGAACAUUAAAAUGGGAGUACCAGGGGAGAGGUGUUACUACCCUCCAGAGGAGCUAGUUUGGGAUGCAUCCCGGGAUUCUUCACCGCGCUGUCUACGCACAUGUUUGGCUGCACACUACGGCCUCUCCCCCGACUCUCUGCUGCUGGCUAAAUACCAGCCAGACAAACACACCUGGGAAGAAAUCUCCAACUGGAGCCAGCAGGUUUCAAAGAAGAAGAAGAAGAAGAAGGCUGAAUCAUUACUUGGGGCCCCAUUUCAUCUCAAAGAUGGCGACACAGUCGGCAUUAAGAAUCUACUGGUUGACAAUAACAGAGACUUUGUCACCCUGGAGGACGAGCAGGGCCAGCAGAUGCUCAGAGAGCAGGCAGAGGAACACAGGAAAGGAGGAGAGGCUGCAGGCUCUGACAGUGCUGGAUCACAGAAGAAGUGUGGGUCGACCAAAUCCAGGAAACCAGAGGUGGCACUGUCAAUCAAUGUUGGGGUCUUCAGAUAGCACCCUGUUCUUAUGGGUGUGUGGACAAAUCAGACCUACCUAAUAAACCACCCCCACACACACACACACACACGCACACACAUGCACACACAUGUCAUGCAAUACAGACAAUCCACUUAAUGUUAAUCUCAUGUCAUUUAUUUUUUAAAACUCUAUCUCUCCAUAGAUAUUGCAAAUUGCAUUUGAAUCAAACUCUUAAUUCUUCAGAAGCUUCUCAUCUGCCUUUGUCGACAAAAAGAGAAGCAACUUAUUUUUUUAGUACAAAUUAAAUGUAAUUGCAUUUCUCCUUUGUGCAAUAUAAGUACAUGUAUUAUUGCCAGAUUGCUUUCUCCUUCUAGAAGCUUGAAAAGUUUUGUAUUCUUAGAGAAUAUUUGAAGACAUUUUGACCCUCUGACUGCAUUUAUUGGUAGCUAAUUUGUAACCUUAAACUGAAAGUGUCAGCCCAGAGAACACAAUUUCUACUCCAAGUACUUUUUUUUAAUUUAUAGACUGACCCCUCUUCUUAUCAGGAGUCUCUAUCUCACAUACUGUUCUGUAGCAAUCAACCUGUAACUCAUCACCGGCGGCUUUUAAACUCUGACUUUUUCAACAAAUCAGCAGAUACAGCAAUCAACCAUUGUUCAAAAGCACCCAUUACUUGAGCAUGUUGUUGCUCCUAUAGUAACUUGUCUUCAGUGUUGUUUAUUGUAAGAUUAACUCGUCAUAGGUUAUCUUGAUCAUGGCUGUGUAUAAGGGUUGAUAAAGGAGAGGAGAGUUUGGCCUUAAUGUGGGAAAGCUUCAGUGCUGCUCUGUCCUCUCUACCUCACUCUCUACCUCUCGGAUUCUACCUCUGCUGCCUGGCCACAUUUCACCCCCCGACAAGCUCUUUCUCCAUGAUUUUUAUUUCAAACUUUUCAAAUCCUCCUCUGUUAUUAUGUCAGUUACUGUUAAAAAGUGCCACAGUGUGACUACUUGGUCAAAAUCUGCCUUUACUUCCAAUUAUAUUCUACUAACGGUUAAGUAACUUAAUUAUCCUGUUUUGCAUAAGGAGUGGAAAAACAAAGCAGACUGUCUUCAGUUACACCUCAGUCUGUCAUUUCUUUAUUUGGAGGAAGGACUGUACGAGUUAUUCUCCUUCAUCCUAAACGUUAUGAUCCCUGCUACAUGUUUUCAUUAAAUGUUUUAAAUGCAUGCACUAUAUCUGAACUUCAGGGAAGUAAAAGUUAUUCUUGUAGAUAAUUUAUUUGAAGCAAAGUGCAAAAUAUAUUACUUUGCUAUAUGAAAUGUGAUAUUUUUGUUCUGGGAGGGUAAUUGAAUAUUUCUGACAUGGCUCUGAGUUUACGUUCAUUACUCUAAUCUGGCCUUGAUCAGUGCCAAGAAUUUGCAAGUUGUAUUUGUUUUUAAACCGAAAGCAGAUUUUUUUUGACAAUGUACUCAGCGAUAGUGAACUUUAAUUUUGUAUCAUAUUGUAUUAUUUGCUAGUGUUAUUGAUUACAACUUUUGUGUUACUGGUAAGGAACUGAUUUACUGUAUUAUGACAGAAGAAAUCUGUUUGUAACCAUGUCAGAUUGUUUCGACAGGAAGAAUUUUAUCAAUAUUAAAGGUAUUAAGUGGUAA